ACCACCAGCGACAAAGGACUCCGCAUCGACCCGCGCAGUGCCGAGGAGAUCCUGGCCGAUGAGCUGCCCAUCCCUGAUGCACCCGACGCUAUGGAGAAGACUGCCAUCAGGCUGCGCUGUCUGGUGAAGCAGCUGGAGGUGGGGGAGGCCUCUGUGGUGGAGCUGAAGAAGAACCUGGAGUAUGCUGCCUCGGUUCUGGAAUCUCUGUACAUCGAGGAAACAAGACGGCUGGUGGAUCCAGAGGACGACCUGAGUGACAUCCAGUCAGACUCGGUUCCGCUGGAGGUCCGUGACUGGCUGGCCUCCACCUUCACCCGGCAGAGGGGCCUGAUGCUGCGGCGCAUCGAAGACAAGCCGCGCUUCCGCAGCAUCGUCCACGCGGUGCAGGCUGGCAUCUUUGUGGAGAGGAUGUACAGACGGACCUCCAACGUGGCCGGACUCAGUUACCCCCCAAACGUCAUCACUGUGCUCAAGCAUGUGGACAUGUGGUGUUUCGAUGUCUUUGCGCUGAACGAUGCCAGUGGAGACCACGCCCUGAAGUUUGUCUUCUACGAGCUGCUCACCAGAUAUGACUUGAUCAAUCGCUUCAGGGUUCCAAUCUCUGCACUCAUAUCAUUUGUGGACUCCCUGGAGGUGGGCUACAGCAAACACAAGAACCCCUACCACAACCUCAUCCACGCUGCUGACGUCACACAGACCAUCCACUACCUGCUGCUCAAGACUGGCAUGGUGCACUGGCUGACUGAGCUGGAGAUCUUUGCCAUAACGUUUGCAGCUGCCAUCCACGACUAUGAACACACAGGGACCACCAAUAACUUCCAUAUUCAGACCAGGUCAGACACAGCCUUGCUGUACAACGACCGAGCGGUUCUGGAGAACCACCACGUCAGCGCUGCCUACCGCCUCCUUCAGGACGAUGGCGACAUGAACUUCCUCACUAAUCUGUCCAAAGAUGACUGGAGGGAGCUGCGGACUCUCGUGGUGGAGAUGGUGUUGGCCACGGACAUGUCCUGCCACUUCCAGCAGAUCAAAGCCAUGAAAAGCCUUCUGCAGCAGCCUGAGUCGAUUGACAAAGCGAAGGCCCUGUCCCUGCUGCUGCACACCGCUGACAUCAGCCACCCGGCCAAGUGCUGGGACCUCCACCACCGCUGGACCACGUCCCUGCUGGAGGAGUUCUUCAGACAGGGCGACAAAGAGGCAGAGCUGGGUCUGCCGUUCUCUCCUCUCUGUGACCGUAAGUCCACCAUGGUGGCCCAGUCCCAGAUAGGAUUCAUCGACUUCAUCGUGGAGCCAACAUUCACCGUGUUGACAGAAAUGAUUGAGAAGAUCGUGACACCACUUAUUGAGGAGGCAUCUUGUUCAGGAACGGCCGGCUUCAGACACUCCAGCUUUCUCACUGGAGGCAGUGACGGGAAGCAUUCCAGCGUGAAGAGCACCGGCUCAGAGGGCAGCUGCUCUCUGACCACCGUGGACUUCAAAAGCUUCAAGGCUACAUGGAACCAGGAGAUAUGUCGCAACAGAGAGACGUGGAAGGCCCAGGGAGCCCGAGACCUGAAGAAGAAGGAGGAGGCGGGGGAGGAUGGACAGGAAGGCAGCAUGGCUAAAGAGGAACCACAGUCGAGGAAAGCUGCUGACACGGCCGACACCAGGCAGGAGGACACGAAGGCAGACAUGGAGGGUCAAGAGGAGGUGAAGGCCAGGAGGCAGCAGGACAAACGGCAACCUGACAGGGAGGAAGGAGACAGGAAAGCUGACCCGAGACCGGACUGCCCACAGAUUCAGUACUGCAAGAGGCCCAGCUACUGUGCCAGGUCCUACCAGCUUGUCAGGUCCAAGCUGACGGAGAUCCGGCCCAUUGAUGCCCGGGCCAGAGCCAGGAGGCUGCAGCGGAUCUCCCUGCGCUGCCGGAAGUGACCUGAUAGUCUUGACUGUGACACUGGUGUGAUGUUACACGGCCAGAUGCCACCACCUGGUCAUGUGUUUAUUCUUGCACUUUGCAGCCUGUAUUCAUUGGUCCCAGUCUUGUACAGGUUACUGUGGUUGUCCCAUGUGCCCCCUGGUUGUGUCCAGCCCAGAUCCCUGCUUUAACAUCCUCGUUCUGCAUAAAAUUAUCAGUUUUU